AUGUGUAUAAAUUUUUACUUUAAGCAACCAAUUCAACCAGGUCAAAUUAUUAUAAUUCAACCAGGAUCAUUGAAUUUAUUGAUUGGUAGAGCUGUUGACAGUCAGCCAUUAACAAUACCUCACUGUAUCUCACGUAGAAAUAAAUCACCUAUUAAUCAACAGACACAGUCUACAAUAUGGAUGAGACCUCAGAGUAUGCAAUCUGAUUCUAAACAGGUAAUGAAACAUGGUUUAAAAACAGCAGAAGAAGUACUAUCUAAUAGAGUGAUGGAGAAUGGAAAUAUCAGACCUUCCACAUCAUAUAGAGAGUUGGCUAAUCAUAAUACAACAGUACAGGCAGAGAGAACUGAUAUUAAGUGUGUAAAAGAAUGGGCAAAUACAUCAUCAAAGCCUUCUUUUUUAAUUGGAGAAGAUGCAAUCCAUGUCCAUCCAUCUGAUCAAUAUAGAUUGUCAUGGCCGAUACAAAGAGGACAGCUCAACAUUCAUGAAGGACCUGGUGGUUCACUAACAGCAGUUAUAGCUGAUCUUGAAACAAUAUGGCUGUAUGUUAUAGAACAUUAUCUUGAUAUUUCUAAGGCAGAUUUUAAGGUAUAUCGUGUGAUAUUAUUGAUACCUGAUAUUUACAUACAUAAACAUGUGAUUGCCAUGGUAGAUAUGUUAUUAGAUAAUCUUGGAUUUGCUGGUGUUAUUGUCCAUCAGGAAUCAGUAUGUGCUGUGUUUGGGUGUGGUGUUACUAGUGCCUGUGUUGUAGAUGUUGGAGAUCAAAAGACAAGUGUCUGCUGUGUAGAAGAUGGUAUUUCUAACAAACAUACCAGGAUAACAAUGGAAUAUGGCGGUGGAGAUGUUACUAGAGUAUUUCAUUGGUUAUUAGGACGAGCUGGAGUACCUCUACGUGACCUGAAUUAUAGCAGUCUAGUCGAUGGCUUUGUUUUACAAGAUUUAAAAGAGACCUAUUGUCAUCUAGAUUUGGAUGUUUAUGGUAUUCUGGACCAAGAAAUAGAAAUAAAGAAAGUGUCGAAGAAUGCUGUACAUUAUUAUGUGAAAAUGGGAGAUGAACUGGUUUUAACACCAUUAAGUUUGUUAUAUCCAGAUAUGUUUGGUCUCCAAGGCAACCACUUAGUCAGAGUUCAAGGUCGUAAUGAAGGUGAUCCGUCUGAUCCUCAUGAUGAUCAUUAUCUCAUUCAAACACAACGACAGAACAGAGAGGCAGGUAAACUGUCAUCUAAGAAAGGAGCAGAGGAAAUGAAAGAUACAGAUAUUAGUAUGAAUCAAGAUGAUAGCCAGUUUGUAUCUUCACAAAUGGAUGAUGAUUCGAAUGAAGCACCUGAUAAUCUCCAAACCAAUACUGAUAGCCUCCAACAGAAUGAUACUAGUAAAGACAGACGUAAAGAAAUGGAAGAAGAUGAAGAGCUAGAAGAAGGGCCUGUAACUCAGUUGAUGGGUAUAGAUGAGGCUAUACUAUACAGUAUUGAAAAGUGUAGUAAUGAUGAUAUCAAAAGAAAGAUGUAUAGCUGUGUUUUAUUGGUUGGUGGAGGAAUGAAUUAUGAAUGCACUCAGAAAUGUUUAACAAAUCGUAUAAUACCCAACAUUCCACAUUAUCAACGUUUACAGAUGGAGAGCAUGGAUAUACUCUCAAAAUCUAAGGAUGGUGAUCCUAGGAUAAUUUGUUGGAAGGGAGCGGCCAUCUUGGCUUGUCUGGAUACAACACAAGAAUUAUGGAUAUAUCAAAGAGAAUGGAAACAGUUUAAUGCUAGAAUGUUACGAGAAAGGGCACCUUUUGUUUGGUGA